CGAACGACGACUGUAGCCUCCAGCUGUAUUGGCGAUCCACGGCGAACGCAGCGGUUUCAGUCGUUCAGACAGACAAAACCCUAACCCCUCCGAAAUGCAGGAGAAGAUCAAAGGCGAAAUGGGGGCCAACAACAAGAACCCUAAGAAGGCCAAUCUCUUGGACCAUCACUCCAUCAAAUCCAUCCUCGACGAGUCCGUCACUGAGAUCGUUACCAGCCGUGGAUACGUUGAAGAUCACAGGAUGAGUAACACAAGGUUGUUUUUGGGGAUCGUCAUCAUCCUCAUUGCUCUCGCCGCUCAGUUUUACCCUAAGAAGUUUCCUGAAAACAGGAAUUUUCUGAUCGGCUGCAUCGUAUUGUAUAUUUUAGUCAAUGUCAUAUUGCAGCUGAUCAUAUAUACAAAGGAAAAGAAUGCGAUCUUGUUUACUUAUCCUCCUCCUGGAUCAUUUAACAGCACUGGGUUGGUUGUCUCUUCCAAGUUGCCAAGGUUCUCUGAUAUGUAUACUCUCACCAUAGCAAGUGCAGAUCCCAAAUCAAUAUCUUCAAAGCCACCUGUGGAAUUUACCAAGAGUGUCACUCAGUGGUUCACCAAGGAUGGAAUUUUGGUGGAGGGCCUCUUCUGGAAAGAUGUGGAGGGACUAGUAAGUGACUAUGCAAGAGAAUCAAAAAAGAGCAAGUGAUGAGACUUGUGAGCUUCAGAUUCCCUUUGAUAGGAUUCUUUCCUGACGUGAGAAACUCCAGUAAUAUUUUACUGAACAUAGACAGUCUUAAAUUAUAGUUUCUUUGCUUGGAUGGAUUUUGAAAUGAAACUAUUGAAUCAACAUUGCAAUAGAAAAUGCAAGGAGAACUUAAGUUAUGGUUUAA